UUCAUUUCAACUGCGACUUCACAGUAGUAAGCCAUGAAUGGAGAAGGCUAGGUUUCCGUUUCAUCUACACUGAACGUUUCAGGUAUGGAGAUUGCAUGCUUUCCUUCACCUGAUUUGACCUUUGAGAGUUUGUUUCGGUUUAUAAUGGGAGCAUUGCUCUGGAAACUGCUAAAAUUGCUGCAAGAUUUCUUCACGAGCUUAUAUAUGUUACUACAAGAACGUCAGAGAAUUUUGGGAUUGAGUCUGGUUUACCUUUCGAGCUAACUGGCAAAGAAAAUAAAGUAGAAGGUGAAAAUAUGGAUGAGAAUACAAUUGUUUAAUGAUGAUGAUGAUGCUGGUCGCAACCAAAGUGAUGGUAAUGGCACUAAUGGUGAAAAUGGUGAUACACAUGGUGGGGAGUUGCAUGGUAGUGAUGAUGGAGAUGAUAGCAGAAGUGAUGAGGAUGAUGCUGGUGAUCAAGAUGGUAAAGAUGAUGAUGGGGAAGAGACUGAUGAUGAUAGUUAUGACGAGGACAGUGAUGGGUGGGAAUAUGAUGAGGAGGAAGAUGAUGAAGAAUCUGAAGAGGAAGACGACGAACUUGAUCCUUCAUCAGGUUCUGAAGAUGACAUUGAUGAUGAACCUCUAAUGAAACAUGCACGGGAAGGUUAUGCUUCAGAUAGUUUUUGUUUGUUUAGACAUGAAUAUGAGAAGUCAAGGGCCAUUCAUCUUGAUGUUUUGGACGAGAGAAGAUUAGAAUUCAAGUAUAAGGCUACCAAGUCAGGACAACUUCACCAACCCCAUUCCCACAGAGUGCAUACAAAAGCUUUGGAGGGUAUAAUCGACUGUUGCUGUAAUCACUUUGCUGUCACUGGAAUGCUGUGCAGUCAUGCUUUAGCGGUCAUGGACUGCUUGCACAUUGAGGAGAUCCCCGAUCGAUAUUUACCAAAGUGGAGACUAAAAAGUUGGAAUCAGAGUUCAAUGGAGGAGCAGUUCUCUAGAAAGGGAACGCAACUAGGGCCAUCUUCUAGAUGAAUUGAAAGGCAAACAUUUAGGGUUUAUAGGGGCAAAACAGCAAGCUCA